UAACUUUUUAUAAUACGGUAGUGAGAGUGAUAUAGUCUUUGCCUCAAAUGUUUUUGUGACUUCCAUACUUGUAGUUAUGUCGUAAAUAUAAUAUAUUAAUGUACAUAAUUCUUUAAUGAUGAACAAAGAACAUUCCAAUAGGAAAACGCACUAAAUUUUAAAAACAAACAUGAGCAAUUCAAUACUAAAAAAAAAUUGCAGAAUUCGAUUAAAGAUUAAAGACACGGGCGAGGUAUUUAUUGGGACCUUCUGUGGCGGUAGUGUAGGUGUAAUAGAAAUAAACAACGUAGUUGAUCAGAAGGGUAAACAAUUGCUGGGAGUUUAUUCAUUUAACUUGGAUGAAAUUGAAAAGUUACAGCAAAAUAUUUCACAAGAUCAAAAACGGGAUGAAACGUCGAAAGUUUCCGACGGACGUCUGUAUAGUUACAUGUUACCAAUGGAAGAAAUUGAGAGACUUCAAGAAGUUGCUGAGUGUGCACCAUUGAUAUCAUCAGAAGACAGCACAUAUCAAAAGGCUGUUGAUACACUAAAAAUGACUGAAACUAUUGGAUUGUCAGUUUUAGGACACAAUAACAUGGCACUGCUGAUUCUGGAAUUGGCUGAAAUAUUGCAGUCAAAAAUCCAUCAAAAAGUUGUUCAUGGAGAAGAACAUGCACAGUACCUAAAAAAAAUUAAUAUUGAAUUGAAUAAUGUUUAUGACACACAAAAAUGGGAAUUACUUAUUUAUAACAAAUUUUCUCAUCAGACUAUGCUUGUUGGUAGAUGUUUGGAUGAAGCAAUGCAAGAUGUUUUAAAAAUUCCUGAUUAUGUACUUUAUAAAGCAAUUGAAAAGAACUCAGAAAUGGAGAAGUGGUCUCAAAGACCAUUAAGUGAUUCUAGAAGAUUGUGUGCGGCACUACUUUGUGUCUUUUUAUGCCCAUUGAAAGAUGGGUUGGAAUUUGAAAAAUGUAAACCCGUAAUUGAUUCUACCUGUGAUAUUUACAAUUUUUAUAUUGAGCAAGAUAACAUCAAUUUUGAUUCAAUAAUUCGUAAUAACGAAUGUUGUGAGCAAGUGAUAAGGAUUAUAAAAAAAAAUAAUUUUAAGUUCUAAACUGUAAUUGUGUAAAAAAUAAUAAAGCUUUUUUUAAUGCCUAAA